AUGAAUAGCGCAGGCCGCGUCCAUCGUUCACGAGCAGGAUCUAGGGGCCACGCGGCAAUUUCACCUUUGACAAUGGCAUCUUUCAGUGUUGCGAGGGGAAUUCGUUCUUCGAAUGUAUAUGACGACACAGACGAUGAAUUGUCCAUCUUGACCUUUUUCAGCGCCGUUAGGAGAAACCGCCUUACUAGCUCAUUGCCGCCGAUCCUCUCUGCAAGGUGUUCAUCAGCCUGUUUCAGCGUGCGGAUAGUUUUGCCCUUGUCGUUGACGAUUUCCAUCAGCGCUUUGAUGUAUUCGACAAACUCAGCGUUAGGGCGCAAACUCACCGGAGCGUUCUCUAUACAGACUAACAUCGAACAAAGUUGCGGGUUUUUCAGGACCAGCAUCAUGGCAACUUUACCACCCAUUGAGUGUCCUAUUAUAAUAGGGCCUCCAUUGGUGUUUAAUUCGUGCUUUGUGAUAAAGUGUUUCACGUCUUCCGACAUGACUUCGUAG